UGACACUUGUAUCAUAUGCCAACGCUAAGGCAAUAUCCGGACGUGGUGCUGGAUCGUUCCGCACCUUCUAUCUGUAAUCACGCUUGGUCCAACAGUGGUGCAGCCAAGAGCACCGACUGUACUGGAGCUGAUUGGAUCUUCUCUUCGGCUAACGAUGGCAGCGAUGUAGUAACCGCAGGGCUUGCGAAUUCCGCCGUUACUUCUAUGGUAUACUUAUCUGUGGGCACUGUGAAUGCAGACAGCCCCGCCGAUCCCAGGUUAAAUGAUUAUAUCUGGGAAGAGAACUCUGACACGAAUGGAGAUGGAGAAUCCUGGGGAGACCAUUGGUUUGACCCAGAUGACCUAGUCCCAAACAUUCUGCCCAUAAUGAAGGAUAUCAUGGACGACUACAAGGCGAGGGGGUUUAACGCAAUCAGCACAGACAAUGCUAAGCCAUCUGAUGCGGUGACGGACAAUGAUGAAGUGGCAGCCAGAGCUCGUUCAGAACAAAGAAUCGAUCAACGCUACGUGGAUUACAUGCAUGGUAUCGUAGAUUACGCACAUUCGAUUGGCCUGCAGGUAGCAUUGAAGAAUCCCUCUUACUAUACCAAAGAAGACACCUUGAUCCACAAGUUCGAUGCGUAUAUCGUUGAGUCUAUGUUCAAUUGGUAUCCUUCCGAUGUCAACAACUACAACAGUGACCCUGAUCUGCUCUCGGGGUCAGCACCCUUUUGGGUAUUCCAGUAUGAGGGCAUCAACGGCGUGAGUAACUCGGAGCUUCGAGAGCAUAUGGUGGAGCAGGGCGUGGAUAUGGUGUAUAUGGACUCCAGUGACGGCUGGGUAGAAUUUUAUGCCACACAAUAGGAAUAGAACAAUAAUACAGGUUCUUGAACAAGAUCGCAACAUCUAUACCUGCACACCUGAACUGUCUCUAGAGGUGUAUAUAUCUUUGAAAAAGAAACGUAGAUUUCAGCAUAUACUAAUUAACCGAAUGCUAUAUAUUUUUUGUGUGAAUAAAGUCAAUUCUAUUUUACUUAUCGCACUUCUUAUGUUGAGACAACUAUACGUUUCUGU